AUGACCUCUCUCCGACUCGAAUCCAUUCUCUUCAAUGAAACUCCGCCCCCUUCACCGUCUCCUCCAAAACGCCCGACUACGCCUCCUGGACACCACCCUACCACUCCGUCCCCUACAACCCAUAAACUCCCAUUUUUACGAAGCAAUGAAGCCUCUGUUCGGUUUCAGCAUCUUCUUACUCUGCUGCGCCUCCGUCAGGGCAGAAGACGACGCCUCUGCAGCAGCGCAGCAGCAGAUGCAGACGCCCAGAAUCACGUCUCUUUGCCAGGGGAUCAGGAAACCGGCCGGGCGGCGGGCGAUGAUUUUGGAGAUGCAGAAGGCGAAGCUGGCGUCAUAUCAGAUCUCAUAGUCAUGCUCGUCGAAGCGGCCAGGUCGACCAGUUACUCGUCGCUGCUGACACUGAAUGUCACGAACGUCAUCAUCUUGGCAGUCUUGGCAUUCAUCUUCUUCUCCCAUUACGGAUUCAUCGGCCUGGUGGGGAGAUCGUUUGAUGGACCGGGAGCCUUCGACGUGUCCGCCCUCAGUAGCGCCGUGGCGGCGAUCGCGCCCGGCGUCCGAAGAGCUUUGCAAACGUACGCUCACCUACAGGAGAAUUAAGGCAUCAGAGCCCCCGCCCCCCCAAAAAAUAAAUCACUUUCGAAGGUGCCCGCUACUGGUGGUGGCCACAUAACAUAUGGCGGAGAAAAUCGGUGAUGCUUCGUUCUGUGGCUGACAUCGCUGACGACAUUGACGGAGAACACACAUCAUUCACUCUGAGUGACAUCCCUCCUCCGUGAUAUCUUUCGGGGAUGUCUUCCUUCAUACAAAGACAGAAGUAAUAAUGAAUGUUUUACGGCUGGGUUCUCGUUGUUAUGUUGUUUUUAUCAUUUAACAAAAUGUUUGAAUGUUUUCACUCGUUUUCGUGUUUGUCUUUGCAGUUCGGUGUUUGUUCGAACGUUUAAUGAUUUAUGUUUAUUUGCUAUAAACCUCCAGAUGGAUACUUAGAG